AUGAACUUCAUUCUUCCUAUUCGCAUCGCGCAAGUCAUCCUCGCACUCCUCGUCCUUGGAACGGCUGCCUAUGUCACCAGCGCCUUUCACAAUGGCUCGCCAUCUUCGAUCAACUUCCUUGUGUUUAGUUCUGUUUGGACGCUUCUCGCCUUGAUCUACCUCACCCUUACAUCAUGGAAGCUCGAACGCUUUGCUCACCCAUGGAUCAUCUGCGGUGUUGAGAGCUUGACAAUGCUGUUCUGGUUCGCUGGAUUCAUCGCUGCGGCAGUCUACCUUAGCGACCUCAUCACCUGUGCUGGAAGAGCUUGCAGUUCUGCUAAGGCCGCAACUGUCUUUGCUGCAUUCGAGUCCUUGGCCGUCAUGGCCGUACUCGGAAGAGGUCGUGCCACCAAGGCGGGACCCAACACGAUGGGCGCCUGA